AAGCAACGAAUGAGAAAUAGGUAAACAUAACAACGAACAGUGAAACCGGUUUGCAUGCAAUUUGUGUAUGAGUUUAGAGUAGAUUUUAGAUUUCAGAUUGAGUACCAAGUAGCCAAAUCACAUGCAUUGUCGUUAAAAUCAAGUUAAUAAUUUGUUUAAAGAAAUGUCUUUAAAAACUGCACAACACCAAAACAAAUGCUAUUGCAAUAGCGUUGCAUCAACAUGUUGCAACAGCCAUGUAAAUUGUUUCAAGCGCAAAGCAACUGGCAGCGGAAGUAUCUUUAGUGUUGCAACAAACAGUAAAUCUAAUAAACAGCAAUUCAAUACAAGUGUAGCAGUGAAGAGCAAACAAAAAACAGAUUUUGUAAAAAAUAAUCGUAAAGCAACUGCCGCCUUCGAAACCAAAAAAAAUCGGCGCGGAGCUGGUCACUCCCAUACGCACAGCGGUGCCGCCGCCACCAAUUUCAGUCGACGCAACUCCGCCGCCACCACAGUGACCUUCUCUACACCUUGUGCCACACCAGCGGGAACGCACAGCUCCAGCGCCUUGACAUCCAAACAAAUAACACCGUCACCUUCACCAACAACCAUUCUAAAAGCGACACCUGCAACCAUGACAACACUGGACGAUGAUUUUUGUGCGCUGAGCGUCUCAACGAAAAGUGAGCGCGGCAGCGAUUAUGACAGCGCCCUCAAACAAGAAUACACCGAGCGACGACGUUACUAUGAAAGCGCAAAACAACUAAUGAAGUUGAUGUCCUCACAAAGUGACAACCUUUCGGCGCUAAACAUAAUGAGCGGCGGAGUUGAUGGUGUUGGCGCCAGCCCAAGCGCGUUCGAGACGGCAGUGGAUACGGAACGUUUGCGCACAUUGCAACAAUUUCGUCUACAAAACGCUAACGAAUGCUUUAGUGUACAUCGACAGCUGGAUUUAAAAUUGCCGGUGCGGACAAAGGAGUUGGAACAGGGCGCUUCUGAGCGACAUACGCGCCAUUUGUGGUGCGACAAGCCUACACAACUUGCAGCUGUGAAACGAGAGAGCAGUGCCCCGAUUGCGGGAGGCGCGAAGAAGUUGCAAAGUACUCCGCUUACACCGCAUACAGUGCGUCAAAAAUUAUUGCGACUACGCUUGGAAGCGGAGGAGAUUGGGCGAAUGAAGCCUGGUCGGAAGUUCUAUGGUGUGAAAGAUAGCUGUGCAUUGCGAUAUCAAGAAACGUACUGAUAUAUUUGCGUAAAAAUAAUAGUAAUGAUAGCAAUAAGAAUAAUAAUAAUAGUAAUAGUAAGUAAUAGACGUCCAAAGAUGAAUUACUUAGAUGUGAGAGAUUAGCGAUAUUCAAAUCAAAACAUGUAAAGGGUGUGCUUCCUUUCCAAAACUGCUAUAAAACACACCGUAAAGCACAUAGUAACUUCCUAUUCAUUGUGGAAUACAACUUCACUCAAAUAAAUGCCUUGCAAUAGACUAUCGUGUAAGGUAAAAUUUUCAAAACCAUAUUGGCGCUCUUCAGCCUCACGAAUUCCUGGAUUAACCGCAUAACAUCGACUUUUAGUGAAAAAAGUCUGAUAGGAGCUCCAAGGCGACGAUGGCUGUUAAUAAGAUAACCGAAGAAAAUGAAAAGUGACCCAAAGAUCGAAUGAGUUUUUGGGCCUUUCGUAUACGUGAACGAAACAUAGAUUUUUCACAACAUAUCAGAGACCAAGAAAUACUAUAAUUGCGAUUGGGGACUUGUCCCAAUUUGGCUCUUUUUGAGAACAGUUUUGAUCUAACUUUUUAGAAGGUCACAUUAAGUGAACAAUUUUUUUUUUAUUCAAAUUUGGUAUUUACAGUCGCUGGUGUCUGCGGUCUCGCUUGCGUAAAAAAUGAAAUGCCCAAUGUAUUUACGGUCUGUGUGAAAAAAACCGGGUUUUUUUCUUAUAACUACGACGCCGGUGCUAACUCAGGUUAGUGUCGUUCGAAACAUUCCCGUAAACGCAACCAAACAAAAAUGAGUGAGAAGUACGCGAAGCGUUUUGAGGCGGUAUUUUUAAGCACGCUUUCGAAAGGCCCGAAAUUAUCUUACGUCGCGGCUGCAAAAGUAAUUAAAAAAUCAAAAAAAAUUUGUUGUGAUGUGGAAUCAGCGGUAUAAGGUGUACAAAAAUGUUGAUGACUUUUCCGAGCGCGGCUUGAAGCGAGUGAUGACAAAAAAGCAGGAUAAAAUGAUCGUCCAAUUUUUUAAGCGGGACCCUUCUUUGUGCCCUUGUACUCGACAACGUUGAAAACUACAUGGCUUAUUGAGUAAUUGCGACUAGUAGUUUUGUACAUACUUUCAUGUAAACAAAUUGUAAAUAUAUA